GACAUGCCCUUGAUGGAGUCGGUGAGGAAAAAUGAGAUUUUGGUGAGAGCUCAAUUUUUCAAAUUUGGCAGACGAGAGUUGAGGGGUCACCCACUCACCAAGGGAAGCAUCUUCUGCUGCUAUUUUUAGCUUUCCUAGUCCCCUGCCCCUAUCAAAAUCCAUUGUCUUAGGUGGCAUGAUUACAACCAGUGGGAGUUUGGUCAGAGUUAUGACUAUUGGCUUUUGGGAACUUCUUUCGAGUGACCCCUAAAAAAAUAGAAACAAGGGGAAAUAUACCACCUUCGUAAAUAUUGGAGUAUUGGAAGAAAAAACCCAAAUCCCAUGAAUCACAAACGUUUGACCAAGAAAACUCGAAUACUCCUUCAGAAUCUCAGCUUAUCUCCCUAUCUCUGUUCCAUUCAUAUAUCAUACAUGAGAGCCGUAUCUGCUCUUCUUCGUUAUUCUUCUGCUCUGCUGCAAUAUGAAGAGACACCACCCUCUUCUGCUCCUCAUACUUUCCAUUUCAACUUUCUUCGGAUCAGCAUCCGCUGAAGAUUUCGUCUUCAACGGCUUCAAUUCCUCUGAUAUGCUACUCUACGGUGUUGCCGACAUUGAAUCUCGCGUUCUCACUCUUACGAACCAGACUAGCUUCGCAAUUGGUAGAGCUCUUUACCCAUCGAAAAUCCCUGCAAAAUCGCCGAAUUCCUCCGAUGUGGUUCCUUUUUCCACCUCGUUCAUCUUCUCCAUUGCACCUUACGAGGACAUUCUUCCCGGCCAUGGCAUCGUUUUCCUCUUUGCACCAGUCACCGGCAUCGAAGGCGCCACUUCUUCUCAACAUCUAGGCUUUCUCAACCGUACCAACGAUGGGAAUUCGACGAACCAUGUCUUUGGCGUGAAGUUCGAUGUCUUCAAAAACGAAGAGUUUGGCGAUAUAAGCGAUAAUCAUGUUGGCAUCAAUGUCAAUUCACUCACUUCUAUGAGCGCACAUGAGGCGGGCUAUUGGCCCGACAACGGGAAAAUCAGCAGCGGCGGCGGCAAUAGCAGUAGCGAGGAAGAUGAGAAGUCAUUCAAGAGGCUGCAGCUGAAUAAUGGUAAGAAUUAUCAAGUUUGGAUUGACUACAUGGAUCUUCAUAUCAACGUUACCAUGGCUGUGGCUGGCAAGACAAGGCCUCAACGCCCUUUACUGAGUGUUGAUCUUAAUCUCUCUGAUGUUUUUCUGGAUGACAUGUAUGUUGGCUUCACUGCUGCAACCGGCAGAUUAGUUGAAAGUCACAAGAUUUUGGCUUGGAGCUUUAGCAAUUCUAAUUUCUCCUUGAGCAGCGAAUUGAUUACAAGUGGUUUGCCAUCAUUUGUUCCUCCGAAAAAAUCAAUAUUUCAGUCCAAAGGGUUCAUCGCAGGGAUCACAGUGGGAGUUUUCUUCUGUGUAGUCUUUUGCUCCGUGUUUUCAUGGUUUCUGAUAAGAUGGAAGCGCCUAAGAGCGAGAAGGAGGGAGGGAAUGGAAGAAUGGGAAUUGGAGUACUGGCCUCACAGAAUCACUCAUCAGGAAAUCGAGGCGGCAACCAAUGGUUUCUCGGAGGAAAAUGUGAUUGGAACUGGGGGGAAUGGAAAGGUGUACAAGGGUGUUUUAGAAGGAGGGGCAGAGAUCGCAGUGAAGCGAAUUUCCCACGAAAAUGACCAAGGAAUGAGAGAAUUCGUAGCUGAAAUCUCGAGCCUUGGAAGGCUGAAGCACAGGUGUUUAGUGUCAUUGAGGGGGUGGUGCAAGAGGGAAAACGGGAGCUUCAUGUUGGUGUAUGAUUAUAUGGAAAAUGGAAGUCUGGACAAGAGGGUGUUCGAAUGUGAAGAAAGCCAACUAUUGAGUUUCAAAGAUCGAAUCAGGGUUCUCAAAGACGUGGCUUCAGGGGUGCUAUACUUACACGAAGGCUGGGAGUCCAAAGUACUGCACAGAGACAUUAAGGCCAGCAAUGUGUUGCUUGACAGGGACAUGAACGGAAGAUUAGGAGAUUUUGGCUUAGCCCGGAUGCAUGGCCACGACAAAGUGGGUAGCACAACGCGGGUGGUGGGGACAGUGGGAUACUUAGCGCCUGAAGUCAUUAGAACCGGCCGAGCUUCAGCCCAAACCGAUGUAUUCGGCUUUGGUGUGUUGAUUUUAGAAGUCUUAUGCGGUAGAAGACCAAUGGAGGAAGGAAAACAGCAUUUGAUUGAUUGGGUGUGGGAGUUGAUGAUGAAGGGGGAAUUAGUACUAGCACUGGAUGAGAGAUUAAGGAGCAGAGGAGAAUUGGAUGAGGAGGAAGUGGAGAAGGUGCUGCAUUUGGGGUUGUUGUGUACAUACCCCGAUCCCAGUGCCAGACCAACAAUGAGGCAAGUGGUGAAAAUUUUAGAAGGGGGGAAUGAGGUUUGUGAAUCAGAGGGAGAGGAGAUGGAUGCGUAUCUGCUAGAAAACAUGAGAUCCAAGUCCAUGUGGUCUAAGUAUUCACACACCUUUGGCCGCGGGUCACACCCAACAUUUGAAGAUUUCAGACAGUCUCUUGCUUCCUCCAUAUCCAUGUCUUGGUCUGAUGCAAUUCUGGAUGGUAGGUAAACCCAAACAGAUUUUGAUGCACCGAUUUUACCUUUCAUGCCUAUUGCUUAUUGGGUUGGGUCUUGUAGAGAUUUUUUUUUUUGCUUUAAAUUUUGUCUAUCUUUUUUGCCAAGUUUGCAGAAGGAUAAAUAUGCCGAUGUACAUUUAUAUUAAAUUCACUGUAAUGAUAAAAGACUACACUAGACUUUAGAUUGCGUUGGAAAUGAUUAAAAUUCUGUUUCUAAUUCCUGUUCACCCAUCGCCCAUUGUAAGAAGGCAGAUGAGUGAGUUUGAGAGAUGGGGUGGAGCCCCUUUGGGCCAUGAUUUUGGUUGGACGAUUCUUGCAGUGAACAGUUGCUUUCAAUCAUCGCACUGGCUCAUAUCCCUGUCCAAAUGUAAUUUUGGGCACCAAAAAUGUUGCUUCUUUACCCCUAAAUAUAAUGUUUUUGGUGGUUGCUUUCUUCCUA